CGGUGAAUGCUAGGUCGCUGUUACCUAACUUCCAACCUACCAGGGUUGUAAAACGUGGGAAAAAUCCCCAUUUUGGACGACAGCGGUGAAGGGUUCAUCGUUUUGGACGACAAUGGUGAAGGGUUCACCGUUUUAAACAAAGGCGGUGAUAGUUUCCCCGCCUUUGUCAAAAACGAUGAACCCUUUGUCAAAAACGAUGAACCCUUCACCGUUUUUGUCAACAACCGUGAUGCAAUUCACUGUCUUGGUCCGCAGCGAUAAUGCCCAAACUGCUGCAUUUUGGAAAAUAUUUUCAUAAGUACUGUAUUUUGGGAAUUUUUUUUAGGGUUAUAGGUAUAAUAUGCCCCUCUACUAUGAUGUUUUAUCAAACAUGCCCAUCUACUAUUUUUUACAUCAAAUAUGCCCAUGUACUUUGAAAAAAUUAUCAAACAUGCCUUUCUGUUAAAAUUUCCAUUGAAAAAAUCGUCAAUCAUGGUUGAAUUGAGAUUUAGACGACCCAACAUCUUCAAAUGGGAGGGAAAAUGCUAGUUUUAUCCUCUGUUUUAUUUCCUUAGGUCUUUUCAAAGUGAAAUUAUUUGAACGAUUUGAUUAUACAAAAUAACCAAAAAAAUUCUAAAGUGAAUUUAUUAGGGAUAUUUUAGUCAUUUGUGUAGCCCAAACUAAAGUUUGGCUUUGGUUAACAGUUUUUGGAUGAAAAUUUUAAUAAAAUGGCAUGUUUGAUCAUUUUUACAAAGCACAGGGGCAUGUUUGAUGUAAAAAUUAGUAGAGGGAUAUGUUUAAUAAAACGUCAUAGACUCAUAGUAGAGAAGCCUAUUAUACCUAUAACUUUUUUACUAAUUAGUGUUUUCGGGGAUUUUUUCUAUUUGAACACUGUAAAGUUAUACGGCAUCCUGCCAGGGAGCAGCAGUAGGAGGAAGGAAUGCAUACUAACCGACUGAGAUACUUCAGUCGGCGCCGAAUACAAGCUACUGAGCUAGUUCCCGUUUGAUUUUUCGGCCAGCCGGAGCGAAGUUCCUAAAAUUUCCGUCAAAGCGGGAGGGAUUGAAUUGCAUCUAUUAGUCUCACUCCUUCGUAUCAAUGGAGGCCUCGAACACGGCCGAACACGAGAAGCCAUGGAACUCUGGAAAAUUGGCCGGGACGGUGUCGUGGAGCACAGCAAGUAUCAUCGGAUUUUUCACAGGGAUGAUAUAUGGAGGUACUAAAGAAGCUUCUGCAUCGGCUAGCAUAGAUGCAGACGUGAUGCUGAAGCUAGGCAGCACGCCGAACAAGGCCAAGCAGUACAACUUGAUGAGAGACGCGAUGGAGAGGCGGUUCGUUAAGGUCAGUCGUGGCGCCCUGGUUGGUGGGGUGCGACUCGGCAUGUUCACUGCCGCCUUCUGUGGACUGCAGAAUCUGAUGGCCGAGCACCGGGGUGGAGUGCACGAUGUGUACAAUGUUGUUGGAGCUGGUUCAGUCACUGCUGCUACAUUUGGGCUGAUCUUGCCUGGAUCUCUUAGGUGGCGUGCGAGGAAUGUGCUACUUGGAUCGGUUCUUGGUGCAGUAGUAUGUUUCCCUCUAGGUUGGGUCCAAAUGAAGCUGGUGGAGAAGGCAAAUGAGGAUGGUGGCAAUUCGACCAGAGGGGGUGCUGCUGGCGGUGGUGGUGGUGGUGUUGGAGCUGCAAUCGAGAGGCUUGAAGCAAGAGUGAAAAGGUGAGACGGAGGGACGACUGAAAUCUGCUGUUUGAAGGAGCUACAUAGGUGAGUGAGGGGCUAGGACAGGGAAAAACUGGUGUUCUGAAUCUAACUACCGAGCAACGAAAGGAGGAACGUCUUAAGAGGUUUACUCAACGACAACGUUCUCCUGUUCCCGUGUUAUUGGGGUUCGAGAUUCAGAAUAAAUUGCUUGAUAAAACUGUGAGGGUUCC